UGGUCAGUCGUGGUCGCUCGUGGUCGUGAACGUCGUGAAAGUGGGAGUCGUCGUGAAGUGCUGCGUAUGUUUUUUUUAUUUGAGGUGGAUGUGUAUUUGGUAGUUAUUGGCGCAUGAUAUAUCUUAUAUCCGCGGAAGCAACUCUGUUUAUAGUUUCAUAUCUUACUCCUGUUUGAGGGUUGGAAUCUACAGGAGCAAGAUGAGACUGUUAGCUUUAGAUGAGGGGGAUGUAGUUCUGUUUAACAGUCAAGUUAAUCGAACCUUGUAUACAGUGUACCGAGAUAAUGCAGAUGCCUUCACUCUUAUGUGGAAACAACAGGGAACUGGAUAUUGGUUGAAGUUCUGCAUAUCUCUGAGAUCUGUGCUUCAGAAACAAGGUUUCUCUAUACAGCUGUCAGCAUUUGAGUUGAAUCACUUUGAAACAUUUUGUAUAAAUUUGGCAAAACUACUCACAGGGAAACAUGCUGUGGCAGUACAUACAUAUGUGAAAGAUGUAGUUAGUGUUUCCAGAUUCCAUCAGCUUCUCAUCAACAUACCUGGUGUCUUCUUCUCAAAGUACAUACAAGAGCCGACACCUGCAUUUAUGAGGCUGUUUGGAUCAUCCCUAGAAAAUGGCAAUGUUUUAAAGGUGUUUCUGACACUUCCACUACAUCUGCGUGCAGCCGGGUGUCUUUUGCGCCUCUUGGAACGUUGGUUAGUUGCUGAGGAUGGAGACCCUACUGAUAAGUCCUGGUGGCAUGUCCCACAGACCUGGCAUCAUGGCAGCCAAUUUCCGGCUGGUCUAUUUGAAAUCUUUCUUAAGAGAAAGUGGAAGAGUGAGUUGUUAUCUCUGCUUGAUGUUCAUCCCAGAGACAUUUGUUGGUGGAAUGAUCUUCCUGAGGAGGGCAGGGUGACAAUGUGUCGUCAGCGUAACACCUCGCUUGGUUCCUUUAUUGCUGCUGUGAGUAAAAAAUUUGAUUAUCCACUGUCUGCCUGCGAUGGACUCCUGGUGGAUGAGCUGUUUUAUCACCAUAUUAUAACGUCAUGUCCCCGUGGAAAGUUCAAGAUACUUAGUUCAAACGUAACCACCGUCGUCUUUGAAAUCGCAUUGUGUCGUGGACUCUACUUGGUCGACUCCAUGGCAGCUUUCCAUCCAUAUUCUCAGGCAAUUGUCAGCUUCAGCAAUGUUGCUAUUGCUAGCUUCUGGUUGUGGUAUGGGCCAGGUGGAAUGGUAUCAGCUUUUCAUCGCUGGUCACCGAAGCCAGAAAAGGAUUCACGUAUAGUUACUGUUCCACAUUUGAAAGAUGAAAUGUACCACUUGCUCCAUACUGUCAGUGCACACCUAAUUUAUGCCCGUAUGGCUAUGGAAUUAAAUUCAAAGUUUCAUGACUCAUUGUAUGGAGACGUCACUUGGACGUCACCUGUUACCCUUGUACGGCUUCCAUGGAACAUUCCACUCCUCACCAACUGGCUGGAAGUCUUGUUGAUUCAAAUAUACAAGUUUGAACGCUUCUUUAUUCCAUUGUGCCACUUUCCAUUAAGCAAAAGUGUGGUUUCCCUCGUGGAAAGUGUAUAUAGAAAGGUUUCUGAAGGGAAGUUUCUUGUUAAAACAUGUCUCAUCGUAGCAGAUGGAAUUCUCAAGAGGAAAAUUGAGGAAGCAUCUGUGUGCUACAAGCCUCGCAAGUUGCUGUAUGAUGUUAUUCCAAGACUUAGCCACUACAUGAAGUUCCUUGAAAGAGAUGCAUAUAGAAUUUUAGAGGUUAUACUGAGGAAUGGCUGGAACAAGGAAGAGCAAGAAAGUGGUGAAAGUGCUCCUUUGACUGACAGAAUUAAAGUUGAUCUGUCUUCUUGGAAUUCUGUCCCAGACAUUGAUGAGUACUACGGUGAAAAUUUUCGACACAUAAACUACUGGAUCACCGGUGCAGAAUGGCCAGAGGUUGAAGGAGGAGAAGAAUAUUUUACAGAGGCUCUUGAGAUGCUCAGAAAAUAUAAACCUGGAAACAAGACACAUGUGGAGAUGAAGGAGCCAUACAAGUUCAGUCUGUUUGUGAAAUGUGCACAGUCAAGGCAUCUGAACUUUUACAGGGAACGCCUUGAUCGGGCACAAGAAAUUUUUUUCUUUGUUACUUCAGUGUUGAAACUGCUACAGGAAGAUGGCUGUCUUUCUCCAAUGGCCCAGAAGGGAUUUUUUGUACUUUUUGGUUUGCAUUUUGACCUGGGUCAUAUGGAGAUGCCGAAUAGCAGACCCAAUGCCAAUGGACAGAAAAUUUUUGAACAGAUGCUAAAACUUACUGCAGUAUAUUAUGUAGCAUCAUGUCUUAUUGGGGACACUUGGCGUUGCGAGAUAGCUGGACAGAAUGCUUUUGCACAACUGCAGCGAAAUGAAACACUCGCCAUUAUGGCUGAUAUUGGAGCAAGGCUCAACGUAUUAUUGCAUAUGGACUUAGAGACUGUUGUGUGUCCCCCAGCUCAGUAUUUUAAGGAUGCUGCAGCAGAAUUACGGAAACACUCAACAGACAGUUCCUUGAGCAUUGAAGAAGCAAUGCUGUUACUGAAAUCCCUUGAAAAAGAAGCCACCAAGAAAAUUGAUGUUAGCACUGCUGAAGCCCUGACAUCUGUAAAAGUUCCCUAUUUGGAAGAGAUGCCGAGACUGUCAGAUUACAUUAAUUGGCUCAGAUAUCUGGAGAACAAGCGAAUACAGUUACUUCAGCUGGUGUCUGACCAACAGUUUGUAUUAACACAAUCGUUUGCCAAGAAAAAUAUCACAAUGCCAGUCGAACUCUUUCCACAGUAUGAUAUACUGGAGCACAGACUGGUGGAGGAAAUGGCCAGUAUGCAGAAAUGCCUGGAACUGGGAGAACUCUAUAGUUGCCAGGCAUACGGUCUGUGCAGAUUUCUAGCUCACCGGUUCACUUGGCUACAGCAGAGAUUCGUAAAAUGGAGGAAAAGGGAGCAUAAAUUUGAGAUCCCACUGCCAGCAGUUGGUAUGAGUGACCUGAUACUUGGUGCCAUACACAUUCGUAUCCGUAUGUUGGCUGCUCUCAUACCUCUUCGAGCCCUCUUCUAUACUUACAUCACCAAGUAUCCAACAACUCACCCCAUAAGUGAGAUGACGAUCGAUAUGUUUUGUGAGUGGACAACCAUAGUCCGUUUUAGGUGUGCCCUGGAUAUGCUUAACACUUUGGGCUCUUUUCUCAGAGACUAUAUUCAGGCCCUAAGACAAUUGGGAUGCAAGUAUUUUGAGAAAAUGUUGGACCACUGUUACAAAGUUUGGGUAGUGGCUCCAUUUUGCUCAGAUCCAGAAGCCACUGUGGAGUUUGGAAGUAUUAUUCAUGCCCAGCAGAUCGUGACAACUUUCACACAACUUUUCCUUAUGAGCUAUUACGUUGGUAUUGCACACAACUGUUCAUUCGCUGAAACGGAUAAACCACAGAAAAUGGAAGGCUUGCUUGUAUUUGUGUCAGUGGUACUGAGGCAAGUCGAAAUUGAUGAAAGAGCCAUUCCGCAAACCUGGCCGGUGGCAAGACAAACACUAAAGAAACUUCUGCGUGAUCUGUGGUCUGAUUUGGUUGAAAUGAGAAAGUGUAUGGGCCCUUCAGUCCGUGAUGCCGUGUUUCCCAAGUGGCUGGGAAACAGUUCCCCUGUCUGGAAAGAAUUCUUUGUAAUGUUCGUUGGUUCACACUAUGGGAAUAUCAUUCAAAAAAUUGCUUUCUCAGAAUUUAUCAAUACAGAAGAUCCUGGAUCAGACAGUGCUUCUACGACAAAGGUACAGACUGACCCAGUGACUGAAACAAACAAGAGCAAGGCAAAUACCAAGCAUAUGUCUCCAGCAGAAGUUCAAGGUGAACCUGAUAUAAGUUUAAAUGGCCCAGCUAACAGCAGGAUGGAGAGCAGUAUCUCUAUCAAGAGUAACAUGCCAGAUGGAAACGCUGGCAACUGUGAUGUAACUGAAAAUAAAUCGUCACAAAAUGUACACACUAAAGAAAAUAAAAAGCAAAAGAAACAGCAUCAGAAUAAUGAAGCCUCAAAGCAAGACACUCCCUCUGAAAAUAAAGCCCUCAGCAAAUACAAGAUGUGCACAUAUUGCAAGACUGUGGAACCAGAGCGACACACGUACAAGAAGUGUUCACUCUGCAAGAAGGAGGGCUGGCCAGACCCUCGUUUCUAUUGCUCAAAACAGUGCCAAGAAAAUGACUGGAAAGCAAAGCACAACAUGGAACACAAGUCUGCAAAAGUACUGCAGUAGCACUAAUGGACAUCACAGUUUGCAAACACAUACCAGGAAACAUACCGACUUAUUCAAUUAAUACUUAACCUAUCAGAAUUUGUAAUGUCUACAAGAGUAAAAAUCCUGCAUUAACAGAAUAGUAUUUUUAGUAGAAGUGAUGCAGAUUUAAUAGAAUUAAUAGUAUACCUUAAUUAUUAGUAGUAGUAUUAUUAUACCACAGUACUUAUAUCUGAAGUAGAGGAGUAAAUGAAGGGGAAUCAAAUUUUUGUGUUAAAAAUGGAAAAUCUUCAAGGAUAUUUAUACUUUUCUGUUUCAGUCUUAUACAAAGUAUGUACUUAUAAACAAACAAGGAAAAGUAAAUGUAAAGUUAAA